CAAUUUCCUGUGACGUCACUUCUAGAAAAGCUGCCAUUUUCUUAAUGCAAAUGCGAGUUGUUAGAAAAUUAUAACACAGUUUUAAAGAAUUGAGUGAAGAACAGAAUGUCAUGUGAGCAAUAACAGUGAAUAUUUGUUUAAACAAUGACAAGGUAUGAUUAGCGAUGGCCACAUGACAAGGACACUGAAGAUUUAAUGCCUUGGACAACAACUAAGGUGACAACAUCCAGGAGCCCUGAAAUAUUUUAUUGCAUAUUGAUGGUGAACGUCCCCGGUCAAACACGUAGAAUUGCCAUGAGUUGGAACAGUGAAAAUUCUGUGUUUUAGAAUCUUACUGAUCACCCAUACUAUAGAGACUUACCAAGGAUAUUUAUUUAUGUGCAAUAUAUACUUCAAUAUUGAUCUCAACAUUUUUGUUCAUAUUUUUCAUUGCAAGACUAUUUUUUCCACAUGACCAUGGCAACAGACCAAAAAGUGGACUGUAGAAAUAACAAAGUUCCAUUGCGGAAACAGUCAGAGAUUGAGGAGGUUGAGGAACAGGAAACCAGUCCUGGAUCGGACCUAUCUGAUUCCACCAUCACUGCAGACAAAGAACUGGCGAGUACAGAACCAAGAGAUUCUAGUCCUCCAGCAGAAGAUGUAUCACAAUACAAUUCAUCGGAGUGUAAUCAUGUACAGAACAAUCCUAAACAAGGGAAGCUAACUAGAAGUAAAGCAUUUGAAAUUACCUCGCCACCUUUAGAACAACAAAAUCUUUUAGAGAGUCCAUCAAAUGGCAUGCUUACAAAAUCUCUGUCAGCAAGCAAAUUGGAAAAGCAUGGUUCACAAAGUUCUGAGGCAGGCACCUCAUCAAGUUUAUCUAGAGAUUCAAGUUUUGAUAAAAGUCCUUACAAAGAUUCUACUGGUAUAGAUUUAGAGGAAUUUAUUCGUAAAACUCUGAACAAAACACAGAAAGACAGAAGUAUGCUUCUUAAGCUGGAGACUGAUAUCAAUAACUUUAUUAAUGAACCAAAGCACCAUUACCUCAAGUUCCCUCAGAUGUCAUCGUAUGAUCGAAUGUUGGUCCACAGAAUAUCAGCUUUCUUUGGUUUAGACCAUAAUGUUGAUCAGACAGGCAAAUGUGUUAUUGUCAACAAAACAUCUAACACAAGGGUACCUGACUUUAGCUUUAGGGAACACAUAGAGUCUGGGGAACCAGGUCAUCUCUCUCUUAGGAAACCAAAGAUGAUAAUGAAGAGGAGUGUAAACAGUUUAGAUGAUAGAGAGAGCCAUUACAAGCUAUCUGCUAGAAGUCUAGGGGAUACAAGAGGGAAAGCCAAGUCAUUUGAAGAGCGAAAAGAACAAUAUGAAAAAGUCAGAAGUAAAAUAUUCAAAAGUGUUGAUGAUUCUGGACUACAGGUGGAAGCAUUUACAGAAGAAGAGAUGGCAAUCACACAAAUAUAUAAAGCAGAUGGAGCACCUGUUCGACCUAGUAGCCUGAGUAGGAACGCAGAAGGUAAUCACCUUGGAAGUAGCACUGACUCUAGUGGAUACGGAACUGAUGAUCGGAGUUCAUCUAGGGUCAGAGGUUUACCAAAAGCUAACAGUUUUGGUGGAAUCACACAUGUUAAUCAAAAACAGGGAGGGAUACAUAAAGGUUACAGUAUGAACAAAGCAGACUCCUUUAAUUGUGGAAUGUCCAUGUCCAUGGGAGGUCAAAGAGGAAUUCCAACUCCACCUGGAAGUAGAACUGAUAGUUCACCAUUAUCUAGAUGUAGUUCAUCAGGGCCAGUACAAUCACCGAUACAAGGUAUAUUCCCGGGGCAAGGUGGACAACAAGUAUACAUUGUAGCAACAGAUUUAAACAAUAUCCCACCUGGCAGUGUUAUUUUAGACCCAAGAACAGGUCAUCCGUAUUCUAAUUCUGAUGGUAGUGUAUACCACCACACACCAGGUCAUCCUCCACCUCAACACACUACCAUGGUCCAACAACAACAACAACAGAUGCCUCCAGAAAUGUGGACCAAUGUACCACAGCCUGAAUGUCAAGGAGUACCAGAGGUUUGUCAUCAUUUGUCAUCACUAAAUCUGAGUCAGCAGUCAUCUCUAAGUCACCAGAACUCUUUAGACAGUACAGGAGAACCACCGGGUUGUCAAACUUCUUUACAAGGUGGUCAACAGAUUGUCAUGGCAACACAGCCACAAAUGCAAACAGUAUUUUCCCAGCAAGGACCUACUGCACAGGGGCAAUAUUAUCCUUGUCCACAGAACAUGCAGACCUCUAAUGUACGAUAUAUGUACCCUGUUCAGACAAGUAUGGCACAAGGACAGCCAUCUGUAGCAGUAGACAACCAAACUAUCAUCCAGAGUGCACCAUUUCAAUCACAAAUGACAACGGGAUAUCCUAAUUAUCAAGGAAACACUGUACAGAGUGUCGAGACAGUUAAUCAAAGUUCAUUUCCUAUUCACGGAGCAUCAGACAGUUAUCAAACAUAUCCUGUUCAAUAUCCUAGCCAAAGUGCAUGUAAUUACGGUCAGAUGCAAUCAACUUUGUAUUAUAGUAAUGUGCCCACCUCAAGCCCACAAAUGGGACUAAUUUAUAAUGGAAAUCAGGGACAGUUUCAGAGUCAAAUUCAGCCUAGUCAAACAAACCCGCCUUUAGCAAUGCAAGGCUCUACUCCCAUGUUAAACAUGGGUCAGCCUGUUGCAGUGGGAAAUGUACAAACACCUAACACGCAUAAUUACAUGUAUCAAACAAUGGCUCAGGUAGGCCAGCCUCAACAGCAGCAAAGGACUCCUAAUCCCCAGAUAGUUCAGAUACCAAAUGUUCAAGUGCAUAAUCCUACACAGACAGUUCCAAUCAUUAGAAAUAUGCAAAUGAAUAUGCAGAUUCCUACACAAGUUGGUGGUAUUCAACAACAGCAAGGAUUGGUUGCAGGUCAACCAUCACAAGUGACAGUUAGUGCAAAAAAUUUGACAGUUGAAGGAACAAUGCCAAAAUAUGAACUGGAAAAUAAAGAUUGUGCUAUGGGAAAUUUUGGAGGCCAAGUGGUGGCUGGUCCACCAGCUCGUCAGUUCGUACCAGGUUUUAGAAAUGCUACACAAAUAACAGAUUGUCGAUUAUUAGGUCAGCAAACCUUUCGUCCACAGCAGCAGGUUCAAAUUCACCAACAGUCAUAUGUACAGCCGCAGAAACAAAAGUCAGUAAUUAGAAGUACUGGUACAACAUACUCUAAUAAACAACAAAAGUUGAGGAAAUCUCGUAGUAGAGAAAAUGAUUCUUCACCCCAUCAGAGUAUUGAUAGUAACGAUAGUCAGGCAGGUCAUAUUUUGGAAGUGUGCGACUUGCCUGAUACAAUGAUGCGUUCAGAAGCUGAUAAACUUUUGAAAGAUCUGGUUACGAGUGGGGCACAAAUACAGUUCAUUCAUCCUGAGAAUAUUCAGUAUCAAAAUGAGGCUGGAAGUUUGCCAGUGUCAGCUUUUCACAAAAUUCUUGCUAUUUACCCGAGUAGUUCUGGAGCCAAUCAAAUUUUGAAGACUCAUUCAAAUAGCAAAUAUAAAUUAAGACCAUCGACUUUAGAUAAUAUAGGAGUAUAGGAACUUAUAUUUAUUGAUAUUUUGUGAUCUGUUCUGUACUUUUUUAUUUGAAAAAAAAUAGAUAAAAAUUUUAUGAUAUUUUACAUAAAAAGUAUAUUCUCUGUUGAUCUGUUAAGAAGAUGAAAGGAAAAAAAACAAAUCUAUGUUUCCCUGUUUUGUUUUUGUGCCAUUUAUUAUGAAUGAGAAAAUUUGUUACAUUGAAAUUGUUAUAAUGAGAAAAUUGUGUAGGUUGUUCAGAUAUGAUCUCUGUUGGCCAUCUUGAAAUAGAUAUUGGAUUUUCUCAUCAUCAAAAACAAACUUCACUAUGGAUAAAAACGUUUUCUUUAUCUUCAACUUGAGAUAUUUGAAGACUUUUCUUGAUUUUCUAUUUUGUAAUCUUGAUAAAAAGAAAUCAGGAAAUUUUGGUUGUCAGAUAUCUUUCUUAAAAGUCAAUCAAUAGAAAUGGUUUGAAGUGGGGGGAAAUGUUAGAUGAGAAAUUAAAUAUUUGUUUCAGUGGCCUCACACUGCAAACAUUUAGACCUCAAAUUCUUAUUGAUAUUGAAGGAAAAUAAUGCCUUAAAUUAUGGAAAUAAUGAAAUUUCAAAAGAUAUUUUUAUAGAUUGUUUUCCACAUGAAAGUUGUUAGUAUGGAUAAGAUAUGGUUCUCAAAAUUAAAACAACUUUAAUAAUACAUAUCAUUUAAGAAACAAAGAGGCCUUUAUAUGAUUUUUUUUUUUAAAGGAGAAUAGAAGGUUCCAUGUUUGCAGAUGCUGUGCCAGUCAGAGCAAAACAUUCAUUUUACUUUGGCAUUAUUUGACCUUUAUUUGAUUUGUUUCACAAUGAAGGUAAACAAACUUUUAAAUGAUUCCCUAAUUAAAAGAAAUUUGUUUUUUCUUCAUGAAGCUUAAGAAAAAGGCAUGAUGAGAGAAUAUAUUGCUCUGCUGGGCUCCCAUUGUUUUUGUGUAGUUAUUUAGGGGCAAGCUUGAUGCAACCAGUGUACACUACUGAAUACAUGACCAAUAUAAAAAAAAAUUCUCUAAGACAGAAAUGAUUUUGAUCAUAUAUGAUAAAAGCAACUGAAACAAAUCUUUGAUUUCUGUUGCCUAUCAACACAUUUUAAAAUCAUUAUAAUUAUAAGAAUAGUUUUAUUUUCAAAUUUUAUAAACCAUGUUUAUUGGCUUUAUUAAACAGUUUUUUUUAAGAUUGUAAUAUGUGUACACUGGUUUUGUCCUAAGUGUUCAUUCCUUGAAUUCAAAUGUGAAGCUAUCUCCCGUACUCUUACCUUUGUUUACCCAUAAGACACUAUGUUUACCCAUAAGACACCACACCUUGUUAUCUGCACAUUGUAUGUGAUAAGAUUUUUAUAGAAUUAUUUAGAUUUUGAUAGCAUACUUUUCAUUGUAGUUUCCUCCUCUUGACAUGUUUAAGAAGGAAAAAAACAUAUUAUAAAAAGCAGUUUUAGAUGAAAAAUACAGAAUGUGUUGCUGUGUUAUAAUUGACACCCUAUAUAGUAUACUCUGUAGUAACUAACAGUACCUACCUGUUAUUCUUGAGGCAUUGUGACAAAUCACUCAAACAUACAUUAUUUUUUCAUAUAUUGGAAAAAAAAUCUUUUGAAAUAGAUACGGCUAGAGCCAGAGGCAGUUUUGCAUACCAGUCACUUAAAUAAAUAUGUUUUUGUCUUUAAUUUUAGUCAAUGAGAUGUAAUUUAGUUCUGAAAUAAAAAAUAUCUGAAGCCAUUGAAAAUGUAUCCUCAUAUUGUGUUGAUCAGAAUCCAAAUUAACUUCUAUACACAGUGAAGAGUUUGAUAAACACAAAUUUUGACUUGAGAACGAAGGUCU